AUGAAGCUCACGUCGACGAAACCUUCGCAGUAUGUCGCGGAAGACGCCGUCACACUGACGGCCGAGGACUCGGAAGACAUGUGGCACGCCUACAACUUGAUCACAGCCGGCGACACCGUCGUCGCACACGCCGUCCGCAAGGUUGUCUCCGAAACGAAGACCGGCAGCACGCAGUCUGAACGAGUGCACACAAUGCUCGCCAUCAAGGUCAAAUCCACCUUUUUUGACCCCAUUGCCGGCCAGCUGCAGGUCAGCGGCGUCGUCAAGUCCGAAAACGCCUAUGUCAGCCUGGGCCAGCACCACACCCUCGACCUCGAAAUCGGCCGCCCCUUCACACUGAGCAAGCCCGAGGGCUGGGACUCUGUCGCGCGCGACACACUGAACGAGGGCCUUUCUGACGACAAGGAUGGCGCCAUGGCCGCUGUCGUCAUGCAGGAAGGCAUUGCCAACAUUUGCCUGAUCACGCAGUUCCGCACCGUCGUCAAGCAGCGCAUCGAGAGCGUCGUGCCGAAGAAGAGGAGCGCCGCGUCAGACACUUCAGAGGGCAUGCGCAAGUUCUACCAAAAGACCUUGUCGAACCUGUUGCGAACGGUCAAUUUUGACCAACCGCGGCCGCUGCUGCUGGCGAGCCCUGGAUUCAUCGCUGUGGAUUUCAAAAAGUACAUUGCGGAUGAAGGGCGUGACAAGUCGGACAAGAAGCUGUCGAAUAUCGCCAAGGAGGCCAUUGUUGUGCACACAAAUUCGGGUCACGUCCACAGCCUCAACGAGGUGCUCAAGAGCCCGGAGAUGGGGAACAAGCUCAAGGACUUCAAGUUCACCAAGGAGACUAAACUCAUGGACACCUUCUUUGAUAAGUUGAGGGUGGACGACGGGAGGGCGUGGUACGGCACCUCGUCGGUGACUAAGGCGGUGCAGGAGGGUGCGGUCGGUCCAGGCGGUGGCACACUCAUCAUGAACAACUCUUUGUUCCGUAGCUCCGAUAUUGCCACGAGGAAACAGUACGUGGCCCUCGUUGACAAGGUAAAAGAAGACGGAGGUGAGGUCAGAAUUUUGAGUAGUGAUCACGAGAGUGGGCAGAGACUCGACAUGCUAGGCAGCGUAGCAGCUCUCCUGUCGUAUCCGAUCGCAGACCUCGACGACGAGGAUGCAGACGAUGCAGACGGUGUCGAGGGCGCGGAUGACGUGCAGAUAAUAUGA